CCGGUUCUGCUUCCGGGUCAGAGGGCGGGAGCUGCGAUUGGCUCCCCGACCCUCCCGCGAUAUUUAAAAUGUAAACGCGCGGUCACUCAUUGUAGCCGGGUUAGAGCUUUCUUCAGGCGAGUCUGCACCUCCCGGUUCUCCCCCGAGCCAGAGGAUGGCUGUGCUUAAUCAGAAGUCUGUCUUGGAUAUGAUUAAAGAGUUCAGAAGGAAUUGGCACAGUUUUUGUAACUCUGAGAGAACUACUGUAUGUGGUGCAGACUCCAUGCUCUUGGCAUUGCAGCUUUCCAUGGCAGAGAACAACAAACAGUACAGUGGAGAAUUUACAGUCUCUCUCAGCGAUGUCUUAUUGACCUGGAAAUACUUACUACAUGAGAAAUUGAACUUACCAGUUGAAAAUAUGAAAGUGAUUGACCAUUAUGAGAACAUUAGGAAGAUUUAUGAUGAUUUCUUAAAGAAUAGUAACAUGUUAGAUAUGAUCGAUGUUUAUAAAAAAUGUAAUGUUUUGACUUCAAAUUAUGCCAACAUAUCUCCUAGUCAACUACGGGAUUUUCUGUCUGGCAGACAGUAUGCAGUAGAUAAUGAAACUGAUUUUUCUGAACCAAUGUCACCAAUUAGUAAAUGCAACUGGGAUAAUGAAAAGGUACAGUUACUAGCAAAGAAAAUUAUCUACUCAUAUUUAAACCUGCUGGUGAAUUCAAAGAACGACUUGGCUCUGGCUCAUAUUCUCAAUAUUCCUGAUAGAGGACUUGGAAGAGAAGCCUUCACUGAUUUGAAACAUGCUGCUCGAGAGAAACAGAUGUCUAUCUUUUUGGUGGCUACAUCAUUUAUUAGAACAAUAGAGCUUGGAGGGAAAGGAUAUGCACCAUCACCAUCUGAUCCUUUAAGGACACAUAUAAAAGGAUUGUCUAAUUUUAUUAAUUUCAUUGACAAAUUAGAUGAAAUUCUUGGAGAAAUACCAAAUCCAAGUAUUGCAGGGGGUCGGAUACUCUCAGUGAUAAAGAUGCAGCUGAUUAAAGGCCAGAACAGCAGGGAUCCUUUUUAUAAAGCAAUAGAGGAAGUUGCUCAAGAUUUGGAUUUGAGGAUUAAAAGUAUUAUCAAUUCUCAACAAGGAGACUUAGCUCUUAGUACCACUGACAUCAGUCCUGCACGGCCAAAAUCUCAUGCCAUAAACCAUGGCACUGCAUACUGUGGCAGAGAUACUGUGAAAACUUUACUAGUUCUUUUGGAUGAAGAAGCAGCCAGUGCUCCUACCAAAAACAAAGCAGAGCUUUUAUAUGACGAUGAAAACACAAUUCAUCAUAAUGGAACUUCUAUUCUUACACUUUUUAGAUCUCCCACACAAGUGAAUAACUCAUCGAUGAAACCCCUAAGGGAACGUAUCCAUAUGUCAGUGCAAGAGAAAACAAUUAAGAUGAAGCAAACCUUAAUUAGAUCUCAGUUUGCUUGUACUUACAAAGAUGACUGCAUGAUAAGCAAGGAUAAGUGGAAUAGUGUUAAUUCAGCAUCAAAGCCUUUGUGUGUUCUUCACAUGGAAAAUGACCUUUCUGGAGGUGUAAAUUCAUCUGUUGGAAGACCAACAAUUGGAACAAGUUCUGGAAAUGUUCAUCUGGACAGAAGUAAAAAUGAAAAAGUGGCAAGAAAAUCAAUUAGUCUGACAGGAAAUAAAGGCUCAAAAAGGAAACAGGUGGAUUUGGAUGAUGAAAAUAUUCUCUGUGAUAAUGGAAACGAACCACCUCAACACAGAAAUGUUAAGAUACCUAAGGCAUCAAAAGAUUUGCAGAGUAAAUUAGAUGGCAAACUAGUUAGAGCUGCAAAAAGCAACAAAUGUACCGCCAAGAACAAAUUGAUUACUGGCCAGACAAAGUUAACUCAGUUUUUUAGACUAUGA